AUGUCAGAUUUCUAUGGAUUGGCGACACUAGACGGUCAGAUGCGAAAUUUUGACUUUGCUUCUCUAAAAGGAAAAGUGGUCUUGAUCGUUAACGUCGCGUCUCUCUGUGGUUUCUCUCCACAGUAUGAUGACUUGGAGAAACUAUAUAAAAAGUAUGGAGAUCAAGGAUUAGAAAUCAUCGCUUUCCCAUGCAAUCAGUUCGGUGGUCAAGAGCCUGAAUCCACGCAAAAUCUUGAGACUUUCAUAAGGGAACAGUUUAAAUGCACCUUCCCUGUAAUGAAGAAAACGAUCGUCAACGGUGACGACACUAACCCUGUUUAUGCAUACUUGAAGCUGAAAAUGGCAGGAUCGCUUGGUUUCAGAGGCAUACGAUGGAAUUUCGAAAAAUUCUUGAUUGAUAGAGAUGGCGUGGUCAGGCAUAGGUUCGUCUCGGCUGUCAGUCCUCUCCAGAUUGAACCUGUCAUUGUAUCAUUACUUAAGAACAGUUAA